AUGGCGGUCCUGGAUGCUCCUCUGCAAGUUCGCCUGGGUCCGGCUUGGAAGACAGUCAAAGUAGCCGCCCGAUUGCGCCAGGUGGCCACCUUCCUCGCCGCCUGGUUCCUGCUUUCCGACGCGGUGGCGACCGUCUCGGGCACCGCUAUCCUCUUCGCCAAGACGGAGCUGCACAUGGCGACGGAGCUGAUAGCGCUCACGUCCAUCACGGCAACCGUGUCGGGCAUCGUCGGCGCUUUCACGUGGCCGAUAGUCUCUCGGAAACUGGGACUGCAGCCACGCCAGACCAUCAUCGCCUGCAUCGUUCUCUUCGAGAUGAUACCGCUCUACGGCCUUCUUGAGUACAUCCCUGCAAUCAGACGCCUAGGCGUCAUUGGCCUGCAGCAGACGUGGGAGAUAUUUCCGCUGGCAAUCGUCCAUGGAGUCGUGUCGGGCGGUUUGUCAUCGUAUUGUCGCUCUUUCUACGCCGUCCUCAUCCCCCCACGACAUGAGGCCGCUUUUUACGCUCUGUAUGCUUUCACCGACAAGGGCAGCUCGGUAAUCGGUCCCGCUAUCGUCGGUAGGACGGUCGAUGCCACGGGCUAG